AUGGAGGCACCGGUGGAGACAGCGGUGGCGAGAAUCAGCGCAGGAAGCACACUGUCACACGUGAUGGACGACGCCAUUUCGCCUUGGGAGUUGUACGACUUGUCGGGCGCGGUGAAUCCGGACACGCUGAGCACUAUGAUAGAUCAUUUCCGGCGCUUCCGCGCCACGCGGAAAAAGAACAUCGAGGUCGCUGACCAGCAAGGGCUACGACGUUCUUGGUGUGCCUUCAUCCGACGCUGGAAUCAGAUUCUCGAGCUGGAGAAAGUUUCACCGGCUGGCUGGCUUACCGCGAGGAGAUACUCGUGGAUCACUCGAUCGUGGCACUGCGCACGAAGGUCUGCAAUAACGAGUGGGAUGUUGUCCGGCUCUGUUUCGUUAACGUGA